UCGCUGAUUCCUCGACGACGGCGUGGUCGCGGGCGCGGGCGCGUAGCGCCUAUAAAUACGCGGCUACAGUCUCCGAGAGAGAACGAGAGAGAUGAACGCCAAGCAGAAGCAGGCGCAGAAGCCGAGGCUCGCCCGACUCGACGCAGUCAAGAACAUAAGCUACCAGGCGCCGACUUUCAAGGAUCGGUUUUCUCAGCAGGCUCGGCCGCUCGAUCUUCCUGAACUCGGCGUUGGGAGUUUCCGCGUCGAAGGGAUUGAAGGCGAUUUCGAUCGGAUUUGCCGUCAGUUGGGACUCUCCGGGCCCGAUGACUUCGCGAUUCCGGUGGCCGCUUGGGAGGCUCGCAAGUCUCGCUCUCCUUCCGAACGUUUCCCGAGCCAUAGGUUUCGGAGCCGUCAGGUUCUGCAGAACGCUGGGGUCAGCGAAUUGACUGAAGAUGAGUUUGAAAGUAAGCUCAGAGUUGGUGACAAGAUUAAGCACGAGCACGAGUCUAAUCAGUUGAAGAAUGGGUUGAAUUCGUCGAAGACCGAAGCUAGUGUUAGAAAUUUUGGUGAAGUUAGACACGGCGGUUUGCGGGAGUUUGGGGUCCGUGAAUCGACUGAGAAUGGUUCUUCUGAUGGCUUCGAGUCCAAGGUUGGGGGUCAAUUAAAGAUUGGGAUCAGCAGCUCAGCUAAUGUCAGAACUAGUGAUAAAAAAUCCGAUGAAGUUGGUCACAACAGCGAGGAGCUUUUGGAGUUGGGUAUUACGAGGGAUUGGGUUAGUGCUGACUCUUCUAAGAAUGGUGGUGGAUGUGGAAUUAAGGGUGCUCGCCCUCCAGUUCUUGCUCCUCCACCGGCAAUGGUGGUGUCAUCCUUUGUCGUGGAUAACGUUAGCUCAACUUGGGAUAUAUUGAGGUCUUUUGGCCCCCAAGAUGAUGAUGCUUUGUCUUCUGAUAUUGGUCGAGGGCUCAUUAGCUCUCCAAAAAAAGGGAAUGGGGCAGCCGAAGAGGUUGCGGAAGUUGUUGGACAAAUUGAAGAAAAACGAGAAGGGAGCAGGGCGCUAUUAAGAGAGAGCAGCAUGUUUUCUGAAUCGUGUUCGGAUACAUUCGACAACGGCGACGAGUCCCUUAAUAUGAUCAUGGGACCUCUGUACUCUAUUUCACCUAAUGGAAACUUUAUGAGUGGUAUCAAAUCUUGGCAGAAGGGCGGCAUUCUGGGAAGUGGGUCUUUUGGAACAGUGUAUGAAGGCUUUACAGAUGAUGGGAUCUUUUUUGCCGUGAAGGAAGUUUCUUUGCUAGAUCAAGGAAGCCAGGCCAAGCAAAGUAUUUAUCAACUUGAACAGGAGAUUUCUCUCUUGAGUCAGUUUGAACAUGAGAACAUAGUUCGAUAUCUUGGUACAGACAAGGAUGAUUACAAACUGUACAUCUUCCUAGAGCUCGUAACCAAAGGUUCACUUGCAAAGCUUUAUCAAACAUAUCGCCUGGGGGAUUCCCAAGUCUCUUUAUACACGAGGCAGAUUUUGAAUGGUUUGAAUUAUCUUCACUGCAAAAAUGUGGUUCACAGGGAUAUCAAGUGUGCUAAUAUAUUGGUGGAUGCAAGUGGGUCUGUAAAACUUGCAGAUUUUGGAUUGGCAAAGGCUACUAAACUAAAUGAUGUAACAUCUUGCAAAGGGACGGCAUUCUGGAUGGCCCCAGAGGUGGUUAAUGGGAAGAACCGUGGUUAUGGACUUGCUGCUGAUAUAUGGAGCCUUGGUUGCACAGUGUUGGAGAUGCUAACUGGACAAGUUCCUUAUUCUCACUUGGAAGGGAUGCAAGCAUUGUUUAGGAUUGGCAGGGGUGAACCUCCUCCCGUUCCUGAUUCCUUAUCCAGUGAUGCCCACGAUUUUAUCCUCAAAUGCUUGCAAGUUAUCCCAGAAAAGCGGCCUACUGCUGCUAAACUAUUGAACCAUCCAUUUGUGAAGGGGCUACCAUCAACGUCCUCAGUCCCUGCAUCUCCAUAUCAUUACAACCUCCGGUGAUCCAAUUUAUAAGUGUGUUUAGACGAAGAAUCUGAUUGGUUGGAUAAAUAAUUGGAAGUGUGGCAUCCAAGAAGCACAAUUUGAAAGUUCAAGAUGUUAUAGAUGCAUCCUUAUUUUCAGAGUUUGUUUAUCAAUGUGUACAUACAUGUUUUAUAUGUUAUCAAUUCCACCCCAGGCUUGUUUGGUUCAGCUAGUGUUCCAUUUGUAUACUAAACCAAAAAGAAAGUACUGUGGUAGCUGUUCCCAAAACACCAGUUGAACGGUUCUCCCUUUCCAUUUGCUCUUUUUCCUUUCCUAUUGGGAGGCAGGUCGAGGGGUUCACGAUGGAUGGAAGAAUUAUGAAACAAUAGAUGCAUUGACAUAGCACGAAGCUAAUAUAUACAACAACCUAUCGAGCCUUAAUCGUGCUAGUUGAACGAGCCAAGCUGAUACAUCUAGGAAUCACCUAUACUGGCAUUAAAGUGCUGAUUUUGAAUAGAAGGUGCAGCCUAUGGAGCAACAACGAACGUUAAUUGGGAUCGAUUACAUGAAUUUUAGAUUUUCAAUCAUCUCUACCUGACGAGCAGUUACUCAACAUUGAAUGCCACACUUCCAAUCCAGCCUACAGUGUGAUAUACACAUUCCAAAUUUUUGGUUGAAAUGGAAUUCCCUCCUCUCCUCUCCCUAUUGCUCGUUUCGUCUGUCAUGUGAAGAUGUUUUCAGUAGUGUGUACAUAUUUGUGACAAUGUAAAUAGGUUGGAAACUCUCUGUUGUUGAACUGUUAUAAUGUAUCAUGUCCAUGAUGUGAUUGUUCCUCCUGUGCCA